UUCUAUUGUCGACUGUCGACCGGUCGGUCGAGCGAAAGAGAGGUUGGUUUUGGUUCGGCGGAAUCGAAGUUUAUGUUAUUUAUUUACUUUUUACUGUAGUGCGUCUACAAGGAAAAGAAACUAUUUAAACCUCCGAAAACAGGAUGUUCGAAGCUCACAGCAUCAAUGCUGAACACAAAGAUCUUAUCCAUGAUGUUGCCUACGAUUAUUAUGGCCAACGAAUGGCAACAUGCUCAAGUGAUCAGUCUGUGAAGGUUUGGGAUCAGGAUGAACAAAAGAACUGGAUUUUGUCUGCCAGCUGGAAGGCUCACAGUGGCUCUGUAUGGAAAGUUACCUGGGCUCAUCCAGAAUUCGGACAAGUACUCGCAACAUGUUCGUUUGAUCGGACUGCUGCUAUUUGGGAGGAAAUAAUUGGAGAAACCCCCCCUCAAGGUGAAAGAGGCUUGAAAACUUGGAUUCGAAGGACAAAUUUAGUAGAUUCAAGGACUUCAGUAACUGAUGUCAAGUUUGGUCCGAAAUCGCUGGGUCUUCAACUUGCAACGUGUUCUACUGAUGGUGUAAUUCGCAUUUAUGAAGCUCCCGAUGUUAUGAAUCUUAGCCAAUGGACUCUUCAAUUUGAAGUACAAUGCAAAUUACCAUGUAGUUGCUUGACAUGGAGUCAUUCAUUUUCCAGGUUACAUCCUCCUAUGAUAGCUGUUGGCAGUGAUGAUCCCAAUCCACUCAAUGGUAGCAAAGUUGCCAUCUUUGAAUACAGUGAAAAUUCCAGACGGUGGACGAAAACAGAAUCACUUCAAUCUAUUGGAGUCACUGAACCAGUGCAUGACAUUGCAUUUGCACCAAAUCUUGGUAGAAGUUUUCAUCUUUUGGCCAUUGCCACCAAGGACGUUCGUAUUGUUACCCUUGGGUCUCCCCCGGAAGGAUCAUCGCAACGGUUUAAUGUCCAAUUAACUGCUCAACCUGAAGACAAUCUCUCAGGAACAGUGUGGCGUGUUUCUUGGAAUAUCCUAGGCACAAUCCUAGCCUCAUCUGGUGAUGAUGGGUGUGUUAGAUUGUGGAAGGCAAACUACAUGAAUAGUUGGAAGUGCAUUGCUGAGUUACGAGGUGAUGGGACCCUGGCCAAAAGUGAUUCAAGCACAUCAAGUAUGCCUACCAUGAGCCAGGUUGCAGCCCCAAACCAAAGUUCCACAAACAGGUACAAUUACAUGAAACUGGGAGCAAUUACUAAUCCCACUCAGGUUCCUAAAGGUUCAGCAGCAAUACCAACUUCUAAGUGGCAGCCAAUAGGCCGCUUUCAGAGAAAGACAUGGAUUGGCUCAGAUUAUGGCAGCUAUGGAUCACCCCCACCACUGGAAAAACCUUCUAAGGUGCUCUGUAGCAAGAACCACAGAUUGUUUUCGCCACCUGGAGCAGGAAUUUUAUCUGAGCAUGACUCUGAAAGUUAAAAAAUUCUAAGUAAU